CAAACUAUCCGAGUUCUUUGAGAAGCCCGUCGAGAGCCCGACGAGAGAGAGAUCGAGCGGACGAUGAGCAUGGCGGAGAAUUGCUCGGUGCUCGAUCCGUGGAUGCACCGCACGGAGUCGGCGUGGAUGAACGAGGCCUUCGCCCGCGACAACGAGGCCCUCACGCGAGCCCUCCAGAUCUCCCUCUCCGACACCUCCUCCUCAGCUUCCCACGACACCCUCUCCUCCGUCGCCGCCACCACCUCCACCUCCCGCACCCCCGUCCUUCUCCCUCGUUACCAAGUCACUUCCCCUCUCGGAGACGUCGCCGCCGUCCGCGGGCGGAACCCGCUGGCGCCCACCCCGGCGGGGAGGAUCUCGAAGCGGAGGUCGCGCCCGUCUAAGCGAGCGCCCACCACCUACAUCAACGCUGACCCGGCCCACUUCCGGGAGAUGGUGCAGCGGGUCACCGGCGUCCGGCUGUACGGGGAUCUGGCCGAGCCGCUGGUGAAGCCAGAGCCGGUGCGGCCGGCGGUCCUGCAGCAGACCCACCUGCCCACGCUCGACACCUCGGCGUUCUUGCUGGACCGCGACGAGGGCAGCUCGUUCGGGCCGGCUUCUGACUUCGACGGGCUGCUCCCGGCCUUUUCGUCCCUCGACUCGUGGGGCGUCAUGUAAAGGACGCUCCUUUGUCGAUGCUACUGUUGGGUUCUCAUCCUUUCAUUUCAUCAAACACUUGGUGGAAGCGAGGCCACAGUUUCCUGUUCUAACUUCCAUGAUAUCUUCCAUGCAAUUGCAUCUUGAAUGUAGCAUAUGAUGCAUAUGAUAUGACCACCAAAGAGCAUAAAGAAUUGCAAGGCAAAGAUCUCACAUUUCAUAUGCAUACGGAGGUGGAAAGCUCUUCACCAGCUUGUGCACUGGAAUCGGGGUCAAAAUUGGACCCCCGAGUCAAAUUUGUUGACCACCAAACCAGGGGGCCACUAAGACUGUUCUAUAGGGUCUAAAAGCUAACAGGACCAAGUCAAAGAUGUUGACUUGAUCUAAACACCCCACUGCAGUUCUGAUCACAGAGUGCUUUAAGGAUGCUGGCUGACGUUCUAA